UAGACCAGGCUGGCCUGGAACUCAGAGAUCCACCUGACUCUGCCUCCCAAGUGGUGAGAUUAAAGGCAUGCGACACCACCGCUAGGUUCAGACUAUUAAUUUUAAACUACUCUUCUGACACACUGAUAACACAUUUUUAUACCUCCUUUCUCUUUUUCCAUCGAAGAGUCCCCCAUUCCAUCUCAGUUCCAAACAUGACUUUUCAGAUAGGACUUUCUCUCUGGGAAUGAAAUAGACUGUUUCCCCAUAGAUUUCCUUACACUUCCUGUCAUUCUGCAAUGUUUAGAUAUGCCUUCUUGUGUAGAUUUUGCUAGUCCAGAAUACUUGGGGCUCUAUUUACCUACAAUGUGGCAUUUUAUGGGCUUUUUUAAUCACCUGGUUUUAUCAAAAUGUACUUUUACUUUUAUUAACAUUCUCUUUGUUGAUCUGUGCAGUGUCUAGGAAAAAAGGAGGAAAUUGGGACAAAGUUACUGUUAUGUUUCUACCCGAGUUAUUAAGAAAGGGUUUCUAAAUAACUUAUUAGUCAUAGAAAUUACAAAGGAAAUUUGAAUUUUGAACAGAGUGAUAAUUAAUAAUAUAUGUCAAAACUGGUAUGAUUGAUUUAAGCAAUGGUUAGAGAGAAUUUAAAACUUUACUGACCUGUUAGAACAGAAGAGCAUCAAUAACUGGAUAGUUUAUCUUAAAAUGUUAGAAAAUUAAACACAAAGAGACUACAAGGAAAUAAGAAAUAAAAACAGGAGCUAAUGAAAUAAAAAGGAAAUUUAAACCUGUUGGUAGGGAGACUUACUGGGUUCUUAAGAAAGGUAGUGACAUGAUCGUAUUUGUUUUCCAGAAAGAGACCUCUGGCAGCAGUUUGGAAAAUAGAUAGAGGAGAAAAAGCUAAUCUGAGAAGCCAGUAGGGGGCUUUUCAAUCACUAGUUCAGUUUCUGCCACUGCCUUCUACAAAGCACAGCCUGUAAUUCAGUUCAUGUGUGAAGUUCUUGACAUUCAUAACAUUGAUGAGCAACCCAGACCUCUGACUGAUUCUCAUCGGGUAAAAUUCACUAAGGAGAUAAAAGGUCUGAAGGUUGAAGUGACUCAUUGUGGAACAAUGAGACGGAAAUAUCGUGUUUGUAAUGUAACAAGAAGGCCUGCCAGCCAUCAAACCUUUCCUUUGCAGUUAGAAAAUGGCCAAACUGUGGAGAGAACUGUAGCUCAGUAUUUCAGAGAAAAGUACGCUCUUCAGCUGAAGUACCCUCACCUUCCCUGUCUGCAAGUGGGGCAGGAGCAGAAGCAUACGUACCUGCCUCUAGAAGUCUGUAAUAUUGUGGCUGGGCAACGGUGUAUCAAGAAACUAACUGACAAUCAGACUUCUACUAUGAUUAAGGCAACAGCAAGAUCCGCACCAGACAGACAAGAGGAAAUUAGCAGAUUGGUAAGAAGUGCAAAUUAUGAAACAGAUCCGUUCGUCCAGGAGUUCCAGUUUAAAGUGCGGGAUGAAAUGGCCCACGUAACGGGACGCGUACUUCCGGCACCUAUGCUCCAGUAUGGAGGACGGAACCGGACAGUGGCAACACCAAGCCACGGCGUGUGGGACAUGCGAGGAAAACAAUUCCACACGGGAGUUGAAAUCAAAAUGUGGGCCAUAGCUUGCUUUGCCACACAGAGGCAGUGCCGAGAAGAAAUACUGAAAGGUUUCACGGACCAGCUUCGAAAGAUUUCCAAGGAUGCAGGGAUGCCCAUCCAGGGUCAGCCAUGCUUCUGCAAAUAUGCACAGGGAGCAGACAGCGUGGAGCCCAUGUUCCGACAUCUCAAGAACACCUACUCGGGACUGCAGCUCAUCAUUGUCAUCCUGCCGGGGAAGACACCUGUGUAUGCGGAGGUGAAACGUGUAGGAGAUACACUUUUGGGUAUGGCCACACAGUGUGUGCAAGUCAAGAAUGUAAUAAAAACAUCUCCUCAAACUCUCUCAAACUUGUGCCUAAAGAUCAAUGUUAAACUUGGAGGAAUCAAUAAUAUUCUUGUACCUCAUCAAAGACCUUCUGUGUUCCAGCAACCAGUGAUCUUCCUGGGCGCAGAUGUCACUCACCCACCUGCUGGUGAUGGAAAGAAGCCCUCCAUUGCUGCUGUUGUAGGCAGUAUGGAUGCCCAUCCAAGCAGAUACUGUGCCACAGUGCGAGUUCAGAGACCUCGGCAGGAAAUCAUCCAGGACUUGGCCUCCAUGGUCCGGGAGCUGCUCAUCCAGUUUUAUAAGUCAACCCGAUUCAAGCCUACUCGCAUUAUCUUUUAUCGGGAUGGUGUUUCAGAAGGACAGUUUAGACAGGUGUUGUACUAUGAGCUACUGGCAAUUCGAGAAGCCUGUAUCAGUUUGGAGAAAGACUAUCAACCUGGAAUAACCUACAUUGUCGUUCAGAAGAGACAUCACACUCGACUCUUCUGUGCUGACAGAGCAGAAAGGGUGGGGAGAAGUGGGAACAUCCCCGCUGGGACCACAGUCGACACCGACAUCACCCACCCGUACGAGUUUGACUUCUAUCUCUGCAGCCACGCAGGCAUCCAGGGAACUAGCCGUCCUUCACACUACCAUGUCCUGUGGGAUGACAACUGCUUCACUGCAGAUGAACUCCAGCUGCUGACUUACCAGCUCUGUCACACCUAUGUACGCUGUACAAGAUCCGUUUCCAUCCCCGCACCAGCGUACUAUGCUCACCUGGUGGCAUUCAGAGCCAGAUAUCAUCUUGUGGACAAGGAACAUGACAGUGCUGAGGGAAGCCACGUUUCAGGACAGAGCAAUGGGCGGGAUCCACAGGCCCUUGCCAAGGCUGUACAGAUUCACCAAGAUACCUUACGCACAAUGUACUUCGCUUAACAAGUCCAAGUGUAUUCUCUGAGAGGAAGAGCUGAAAGACCAGUCAACAUACAGUGUAUGUUCAGGGGAAUCGGAUCCCUGGGGACACUCCAGCCACACAGAAGCCAACACUCUGUAGGGUCUGGGCCUUUGUUGAUUCCCAGGAAUCUGUUCCCUUUGUCGAGGAACGUAGUACCGUUAUGCACUAGGAAGCAGCCAGCUGCUUUCCUGCAGUCUCCUGUAGGAAGCGUCGCGGUUGUUUAUUUUCCCUUCUUACUGUCCAACCUUUUAAUGCCUUUACCUCAAGUCGCUUGGCAGCACAACUGUCUUUGCAAAAGAGUCAAGAAAGCGUGAAUGAUGGUUUAAAACGCAGACCUACACAAGUAAUGAUUGUUCAGUUAUAUGUGCAGAAAAGAGCAAUGUGCAUUCAUCUAUUCUUGUAAAGGAGUCUGUAUUUUACAUACACACGGGUGUACUUCAUGUGCAUAUAUAUCUAGAUCUAGAUUAAUGGUAUAUAUGUGUCUGUGUUCCAGUUCAUUCCACUGACAUUUCUGUCACUCCCUACUUGCCUUCAGCAUCUACACUUUUGUCCGUAUGGCUACAGAUGACACUCACAUGUUCUCAUGUAUGAUUCAUUGGAAGUAAAGCGUGGCAAACUAGAUUUCUGUUGUUACCUUAGGUCCCCUACUCCUAGCUCCCAUCUCAUACACAGUUCUGAGUCCUCGGCUCCUGGGGCCAUGUGUGCGAGUGUCUGCUCCAUCUUGCCCUGGACUCACCUUUGCCAUGUGUGCACUGUGUAUAGGAACAGUGGCAGCCGGAGGAUUCCUCUCUGUAGUGAGUGUGGUAAAGCUGCUAUAACCACAAAACCUUGUCAGAAGACUUUCUGAUCAGUGACAAAUGUUCUAAAGCCUCUGUUUGUAUGAGUCAUACCCGGAAAUCCCUUAAAGCUUGUAUAAAGGGUAAAUAUUUUAAAAAUCUGAAACUCUGUAGGAUGGAAAGAGAAAAGGAAUUAGGGGUUUUGUUUUUUGCUAGUUUACUUACUGCCCUCACACCUUAAUGUGAUGUUCAUAUAUAUUUUAUAUGUGUAUAUAUGUAUAUAUAUAAACAUAUAUGUAUGUUUCAGUACAGCUCCUUUUGCUUUUGUAUUAGAAUAGUGCUUUAACAAUUAUAAACUGCAAUGACUAUAUCUUUUAUAGAAAUGUAAUCAUGUUUAAGGACAGACUAGUUUCGCUCUAUUUAGUGCAAUAAGCAGUUUGAAAGGAAAGUUGUGUCUGUCAUCUUCACCAUGGACCACAGGAAGAAGAGACACCUCUGUUAUUUUAAAGGGGGCAAAGUAAUACAGCCUUAAUGUCAGCAGGAGAGCUUCCUAAUUUUCAGUUUUAAAGCAUGUCCUUAAAAAUCACAGUCAAGGAAGUAAAACCGACUAAAAGAGCCUCACUAGAGACCAGAAACACAGCUGCACUUCAGUUUUUAAAAAUAACAGUGAUAGCCAGGUGGUGGUGGCGCACACCUUUAAUCCCAGCACUCGGGAGGCAGAGGCAGGCUGAGUUCUGAGUUCUGGGCUACAGAGCAAGUUCCAGGACAGCCAAAGCUACACAGAGAAACCCUAUCUUGGGAAAAAAAAAAAAAAAAAAGACAGUGAACAGCUUAAGAUUUAAAUUUUUUUAAUUAUUUAAAAUAGAUCUUAAUUGUUGAAGAAUUGUGCUUCUUUGACCAAAAGGAAUCCAGAAAAUACUGGAUGAUUUUUUUUCUAUAUUUUCACAGAUGUAACUUUCUCUUUAAAAUUAAGAUGAUGGUGACAAAGGAGUUUGGGACUUUGAUCAUUUAAAAUUAGUUAAAUUUCUGAAAUAUGGGGGAAAUCUUUAAAAACGUAUUUUUCUCCACUUCUUUAGUCAGUACCUUUAGCUGAUAACUGUAAGGCUGUCAAAGCUGAGUUUCCCAGUAACGUUGGGUUCAGGGAGCUUUGUACUUUGUAACUCAUGAAACUUGCGUUUGAGUUUUCUCUGUUCUUACCACACUAGUUCUGAGGACAGACAAUGCAGAUGUUUGCAGCUGGCACUGUCAGCCCUUCAGAACUCCAUCUGCAUGUGAGAAGUGAUAGGUUUAGGUCUUCAUUUUUGCUCUUACUUUCAAUCCACUAUUAUUGCCAAUUUACUGUAUUUUGAGCCUAAAAUCUGAGCCCGUGUCCUCCCCAUAGGCAUGAAAUCUUUUGUCCUUCUGACAGAAAACUAAGUACUGUAUUUUUUACUUUUAUUGCUUUGAAGAAUCUAAAAUGCAAUUCUCAAUACUGUUUCAAAGCACUUUACAAAAGAUAUUUGUGUAGUUUGUACAUUUUUUUUUCCUUCCAAAAUUCUCCCAUCUCCUCCUUGACAAAAGAAAAAUUCCUUAACACAUAUUUGGGGUUGGUUUGUUUGCUUGCUUGUCUUGGAGACAAAGUUUCCCUGUAUUGCCCAUGCCGGCCUCCAGCACCUGAGCUCCAACAUCAUCUCACCCCAGCCUCCCUGGUAGCCGGGACCACAGCAUCCCUGCCACCAUGCCUGGCUGUCUGGGGAGAUGGGCCAGAAAAGAGACUAGUACAGCCCGUGCUUGUUCAGUAUAAUUAACACUUAGUUAUAUAAUUAAGAAUAAUUCUCUGUCUGUGGCCCCUGCCCUUACUCACGUGAGGAACUUUUGGGGCGCAGCACACCCUGUCUUUUUCCUGACCUGUGAUCUCACACUUGCCAGAGUGAAGCCCUUAUUUUAACUCUUAUUUGGAAGGAUUUUUUUUAAGGGGAAGAAUAUUUUUUCUAAAAUAUAAGGUUUUAUCUUUUGAAUGGUUUCUUUUUUAGAAUGCCCUUACAUUAUUCAGUUUUGCUAGUUUAAGAUAAUUAACUUAGAAGAAUAUGUAUAGUAUAUUUCUAUUUUGCCUACUAAUAAAUUGGUAUACCAAACUUAAUGCCAACAAACUUUGUGUUUAGAAUUUUAAGGUAAAAGGCUUAUGGAAAAUACUUCUUAAAAUUUAGAGUAAUUAUUUUUGCAUCUCUGGAUAGAAUUCCUAAUCGGUUUUCUUAAGUUCCUUCUUUAGUUUAAACAUCAUGAAACCAUAGUAACUCUUCUUUUCUAUCCCGACCCUUCUCACUGGUUGAUGAAUGCUGGCCUGCAGGGUUUUAUGAUGUGUCUCAUAAGACUGACGAAAAUGUCAGCCUAAACAACUUAUGUAAUUGGCUUCCCUCUGAAGAAGAGUUGGGAAUUCAAUGCAUGUUCUUGAUGGCAAAUGUGUCUGUAGAGUGUGCAUGUUCCAUGUCUCUGCACUGCAGUGUCAGAGUCCUGGCGUUGAGACCGGGUGCUGGUCGUUCUGUAGCUGCUGUAUUUAUUUAGACAGAGGCCGACAGUUACUGCACUAAAUCAUAAGGAUUUGUGCAAGAUGCCAGGUAUUGUCAGGCCCUUUGGAUUUUUUUAGAUAAGUUUAGGGACACAAAUUAUGAAAGUAACAGCAGGUACUUGAAACAGCUCCAUUUUAAUUACAGAAUGCCUUUGCUUUAGAAAUGGAGUUUGUUUUUACAUUGACAGUUCCUAGGGGGGACUUGAGUCUUCUCAGUCCUGGGCUUUGGCACAUUUUCACAGAAAUGUGGAUACCUUUCAUUUUAUUAAUAAUUAUCUUUUAACAAGUUUUCCAGGAAAAAAAGUGGAAAUAUCUCUUCUACUCUCCUCAUGAACUAUUAAUUUACUUUUCUUCCUGAAGAGAAUCUAGUAGGAAUGUUCUGUGUGUUUCGGAAGGCACUUGAUAAAGAUUCAUCUCUGUUCUAUUAGAGAGACUCCUUGCCUUCUGAAGACCCAUACUAGUUUUCCAAGCCAGGCUCUCAGGGAUCCCCACAGCUUAGUACUGACUUGUAUGUUGUUCUGUGGAUAGCAGACUUGAGGUGUGUCUUGGGAAAUAAGAAACCAGCUGCUGUUGAGUUGAAAUGGCUCCCAGAUCUCAGCCAGGACCAGGGGAAGCACUUGGAGGCCAGCAAUAGACGGAAAGCCCAGAGAGACAUCUGUCCCAAGCAUGUGGUGGGGCUUUUCAAAUGCUUAAUUUUUAUGAAAUUCAAGGAGCUAGCCACUUGGACACUAGUAGUUUGUUCCCUUCUGUUUCAAACCUUGAUGGUAAUGUUUUGCCAAGAAGUUUAACUGAUAUCUCUGUAUCAUUUCCACUGGGUGUCAUUAAACAGUUAUAUGUUCAAUUGAGCCGGUUAUAAGGUACACCUAUAAUCCUAGCCCUCAGGAGCAUCAAGAGUUCAAGGCCAGCCUUAGCUACAUGAGACCAUGUCUCCAAACAAGAGCAAAAAGUUCAUUUCCCUUAUCCCUGUAGGUACCCUCCUGUUGCAGAGAAAGGCUACUCUUACCAGUUCCCUAUAGUUUAUGAACCUCUUAGGAGUUAAGUGACUUUGUCAGACAGACAGUUCACUUGUCCAGCUUUCUUGACUCAGCUGUUUUAUCCAUGUGAAGUGUUAGUCCUCCUCAUCCAUCUUGGGAAUUUGUAGAUAUUUUUGAAGCUUUAAUUAAAAAUAGUCGGAGAGCUUUACAUCAAGUGAGGUCGUCCGAGUGAUGCUAUACUCUGAUUUAGAGGGUCUUUGUUUUCCUGUUUCUUCUCCACAUAAGCAUCUCUGUGGUUCUAUAAGAGUCAAAAACUGGGGGCUGGAGAGAUGGCUCAGCAGUUAAGAGCACAGGCUGCUCUUCCAGAGGACCAGGGUUCAAUUCUGGUUCACAACUGUAUGUGACUCCAGUUCCGGGAGAUCUAACACCUGCCCCUCACACAGAAUACAUGCAGGCAAAACACCAAUGAAAUAAGAAUAAAUAAAUUAUUUUUUAAAAAAGAGUCAAAAACUAAGCCAUAAAUAAUUAGUAUGUAAAAGUCAGUACAGAGGGCAGGAGAUAGCCUAGAAGGGAAAGGCACUCACCACCCAGAGUGAAAACCUGAGUUCAAUUCUUGGGACCCAAAUAGUGGAAAGAGAGAACCAACUCCCAUAAAUUGUCCUCUGACCUCCAUACGCAUGCCAUGACAUGACUCAUGUGGGCUCAAGCAUGUGCACACACACACACACACACACACACACACACACAUACACACACACACUCACACACACACACACACACACACAAAUGUAAUAUAAUUUUUUUUAUUUUUAAGUCAGUAUAUAAAUCAGGAAGACGACAGUUGGGCUUAGCACAUGCCUGUGAUCCUCAUACUCCAGAGACUAAGGCCAGAGGAUCUUGAGUUCAAGACCAACCUGGGCUACAUAGAGUUUAAGGCCAGCCUAGGCUACAGAGCAAUACUCUGUCCCCAACUCUGCCAAACCCAAAAGAAAAGAACAAGACAAAGAAAUCAGAAAGAGAAUUGUCUCUAAAAAAUCUUGGCAAUGAAUGAUAUGAUUCUGUGAUUAAUUAAACACAAGCUGAGUCCCAGAGUGAAGAAGGUAAUCUAUAUACAAAUAAAAUAUAUCACAAAAGGAAAAAAAAUGUUUUUACUUUUUUCCCCUAGUUUCUAAAAAUGUUACAUUUAAGUUUAUACUUUUCCCUGUAAGUCAGCAAUUUUUAAAUGGGCAAGGAUUCAGCUGAUUAUCCAUGGUCAGUUGAAAUUUACCUCAUGCAUCAAAAGGAGUGCCCUAGAGUUUUAUAUUAUCAGUUAAAUUUUAAGAAUUUUGUGUUCUUAAAGCCUGGAAGUUAAUGACUUUAACUUGAAUGAAAGGAUGGUAAGCUUCUGUAUGGAGGGUUGGAUUAUCAGUAGGAGACCCUGUUGAAGUCACAGGUAACAGUGUGACGAAAUUAGGAUCUUCUCAGAGUGGCCAGCCAGCUCACUUCCUCUUUGAAUCAAUGUCUAAGGUCACCAGAAUCUGCUAUUGUUCUACAUUAGGGUCUCAGUAAAGAAUCUUUUCAGGGUAGACACUGAAUUUGAUUUUUUUUUUUUUUUUUUUUUGGUUUUUCGAGACAGGGUUUCUCUGUGUAGUUUUGCACCUUUCCUGGAACUCACUUGGUAGCCCAGGCUGGCCUCGAACUCACAGAGAUCCACCUGGCUCUGCCUCCCAAGUGCUGGUAUUAAAGGCGUGCGCCACCACCGCCCGGCCUGAAUUUGAUUUUUAAAUCAGGGUGGUUCUUAGAAAGUGCCUUUUCUGAAGAUGGUGCUGUAGAUUUUUAUUUUUUAAAUAGCAUAAAGCUAAAAUUUUAAGAUAAUUUAGAAUACCAAGAGUAUGACAGUUUCAUAUAAAUAAUGCUAUUUGUUGUCCUGAACUUGGUCUAGAGGACCAAGGGGCUUUUAUGUAGUAAUGUGUCUAAGUUAAUGCUCACCAAAUUGAUUCUGUAAUUUGAACAUAUAGUUUUUAUUUCUCAGCUAUGUUUGAAGUAAUCUAUAAUGUAUAUAAGAUAACAGAUAUAGUAGUAAGUGCCCCAAGGCAAAGGUACCAUGCCAGGAACUACGUAUUAUGAGCUACUUUUCCUUUUUCAGGAUAGUCACCUCCUGACUAACCUUUUCUAAUGACUCCUCAUUAAGGAAGAAUACUUAUAAAGGAAGAGCUACGUCACUGACAUCAGUUUAAGAGAGAAAGCAAAAUGAUUAUAGCUCAGCCUUUAGGGAAAUUUUGGUUUUUUAGACACCAGUGACUAUUUUAAAUGAUUCCAGUUUUUCCUGGGUGGGAGGACUGAAAAAAUGAAGAGGGCAAGGUCACGUGUUUAGCAACAGACUGCAGUCAAGGGUAUGUGACUGAUGGGUAGGGUGCAUGCUCAGCAUAGACAGCCCUGGGUUCCUCCCUAGCACUAGGGGAAGAAAAACUGCAGAUCUGGGCUGUGAUGGGGACUAGGUGAAGUGAGACCCAUCUCUGUCAGAGAGCAGCAGCUUGUCCUUAUACCAAGGAGCAGUGAACAGCAUAGCUGGUGAAUUAGUGAGCGUCCUCCAGAAGAAAGCCAGGCUAACAGAAAACAGCACACCUCGGCAACUUGGUAUUGCUGCAUUAUGUAAGGAUCGUAAAAUUACACUGAUUGUCUGGCGUGUACUCUGUCUGUUUGUGCAUUAAACUUGCUCAUGUUUAUAAUGUCUUAAUAGCAAUUCUUAGUUUAUUUUUUAAGAUUAAUUUUUCUAUUGUGAUAUUUAUAUUUAUUGGCAAUUUGUGUGCAACUUUUGUAUUUUGCCCUAGAUGUUGGAUUUAAGGAUUUUAUUUUUAUAGAUAUUUCUAGCUUUUCUCUUCCUUUGUAAUAUUAUCAGAAAUUAAGAUGGUGUGUUAAUAUAUAAACCAAACUACUAAUUCUAUGGAGUUUGGAUUUUUACCAAUAAACCAUUAAUGCUAUUUUCUAAUUUAGAAUAUUUAAUAUUUUAUAUAACGGGCAUUCAGGACAGUUCUUAGGUGGCUUUCUGCAUGGAGAGAGGAGGGACUUCUCUGGAAGUUAGGUUCAUUUGGAGAAAAGGAACGCUAACAAACUGGACUCAUUGCACCUGAUUGCACUUUGGGGGAAGUUGUCGAAGAAAUGAUGUUUGAUUUAUUUUUUUAGCUUGAGGUACAUUGCUCUCGAUUGUGAUUCAUUUUUAUAGUCAGGAAGACAAAUAGAAAAAGAUAUACAAAUCAUUGGUAAUUGACUUUGAAAUGAGAUUUUUUCCUUCCCAUAAUUAUUUGGAAGAUUUGCUACCCUGAACUUGCCUAGAAUAGUUUAAAGUUAACUCAACACUGAGUACCAGUGAAGAAAAAGAGUGUAGGUGUUGGAAAGUGUGGGGAUAGAAUAAUAGAGCAUCUCAGCUAAUUAAAAUCUACCUAAGUAGGCCAGGACUGGUGGUGUGUGGCUUUAACUGCAAUACUCAAGAGGCAGAGACAGGCCUCUUGAGUAUUGCAGUAGAUCUGUAGAUUCCAGGCCAGCCAGAGCUACAUAGUGAGACCUGGUCUCCAAAAAUACAAAAAUCAACAACAAAGUUCUGACUGAGUAGUAACAUGAACUAAUUGGAAAGCAGUGAAAGGCAUAAUUUUAGAAUACUAAUUUCGGGUUGGAGAGAUGGCUCAGUGGUUAAGAGCACUGGCUGUUCUUCCAGAGGUCCUGAAUUCAAUUCCCAGCAACCACAUGGUGGCUCCCAACCAUCUGUAAUGAGAUCUGGUGCCCUCUUCUGCCAUGCAGGCAGAACACUGUACACAUAAUAAAUAAAUCUUUAAAAAGAAAAAAAAAAGAAUAUUAAUUUCAAGUGAAUAUAAUCACUGCAGUUUUUAGUGGAUCAAUAUCAUAUUGACACAUUAAUUCCUUUAAAUAUAAGUAUAUGAGAAAGAUGUAUUCACUUAAGAAGGUAAAAUAUUUCCAUUAUAUUUUUACACUCUGAAUUUGCUUGGUAAGGAAUUUUUUUUCCUGUGAGAAAUGGAAAGACAACUUCUAUCCCUUCUUGAAUUUUUAAAUAUCAAAUUAUUGAGGCUGAAUGCAUUUUUAUUUCUCUCUCUGUAUUCUGUUCUUCCCCCUGAGCAGGAGAAAAAUGGGGAAGUUUUAAGUACUUGGAAAUGGGAAAAUAUUUUUUCUAAUAAGUAAACACGUACACUGUAAAACGAAUCAGCAUGUGAUUUCAUGUAGACGUUCGCUAAAUCAUCUCUUUCUGCAUUUUUUCCAGCUACAUAUUUUGCUGUAUAAUGUACCUUCUGAACUUCUUCCUUCACCCCAGAUUCAGUGCCAUUGACUCAGUGCCCUGGUCAUGGGGCUUAUUAACUAUCCGUAGAGACUGUUUUGAGGGGUCGGUUUUUGUCGUCUCUUCUGCAAGUAUAGACAGGUCCCCUUGGGAGGCUGGUCACUGUUGGUAACUUGAGUUGUCCUGAAUGUCAGCGCUGUUCUAGGUAGACGGGCAUACACACCAUUCUCUUAGACUAAUGUGUUUAAGGCUGUCUGGAAACCAGCUUUCUCUGUUCCUUCGGAAAGCCCUGGGUGCCCGAACUUCCGUGGCGGGCUCCACAUACCCAGAUAUCUGGCCUCGGUGCUGCGUUAUCAGUGAAAUGCUGGAUGGCUUGUUUGCACAGCCCACUCUUCAGAACCAAGUAUCCACGCAGUGAGGUGUAGAUCAUCUCACAAAGGAACCUUCAGGAACAGUUAAAAAAAUGAAAAAGACAGGCAAGUGGGUCAGUAGCCAUCUCUGUGCAAGGCUGUAAUUUUGUUUGCAGUUUACAAGCUGGGGAUGUGGCUCAUGCAGAAGAGUGCUUGCCUAGCAUGCCUGAAGCCCUGGGUUCAAUCCCCAGCGCCUCACAAGCUGGGCUUGGCUGUGCACUCCCGUAAUCCCAGCACUCAGGAGGUUAUCUUUGAGUGCGUGCUAAGUUGGAGGCCAUCCUAGGAUGCUCAUAGCCAGCUGCUUCAGAGACUAGAGGGGGAAGUUACUCUGUUUCAUGCCUAAAGCUUUCAUCUUCAUGACUUUUGUUUGGAGAAACAAAACUCCCUGGAGUUAGCCAUUGAUAAUCUUCAGCGCAGAGCGGAUUGGCUCAAAUGUGUUUGUAUGUGACUCCACCCUUGUUAAAAGGUCCUGUGAAGCCAGGAGACAUGUAUGAAGACACUGAGCAGUGAGGCUGUGAGAGGCAGUAGUGGAUGGAAACGGAGGGGGGGAGUGUUUUCUUUGCUGGGAUGCUAGAAACUGUAUAAUUAGUAUUUUCCAAGUUCUCAGAACCACAGAUAAUGGAGCAGUUGUUACUGUUUGGCACACAUGUGAAGGAAGGGUUCAUAACGGACACCUGUAUUAGCUGAUUGUCUCAAACCCAGAGCUGCACCUGUUCUUAGCAAGUUCAAGUCUUAGAAGUCACCUCUGCAUUAUGUGAGGGAUCACAUGAAGUGUUUAUCCUCAAAUAGAAGCCUGGCGUUGCUUUGGUUGCUCUCUCCUUAGAAAACACUAAGCUGGGUCUUUCCAGACUUUUCUGUAAGGAUUUGGGGAAAACACUGAUGGAUGGGAAGGAAGGAAGGAAGGAUCUUGGAGUGGAUGGUUUCACCUGCCUAAUGCAUCCAGUUUGGUCCCAGAGAGCAAUAGGAAGCUUUGGUUUUUGUAGCAAUGGACAUGCUCUCUGAUGAUGGCUAAUUGUGACUACCUCCCAUUUCAGUCAGGGAAGCAUCUCAUUGUUGAUGAGGACCUUGCGAGCCCUCCUGUGUUCUUUCCACACUCAGAAACUGGGAACGCAGAGGGCUAGCAGUCUACUUCGGGGGGUAAAGCACACGCAUCACAAGCACAAGCCUGCCCCUGCCCUGCCCCCUCCAAAACCCAACCACUAAAACAGCAAGCAAGAACGGGUGGAACCCUCUAGAACAGAGAUUCAAAGUUUCCCAGUGCCUUCUUAGCCCCGACACAACUUUUUCUCCUCUUUAAACAGGAAACAAAAAGGUCCACAAGCAGGUCACAGGACUCUGCUGUGAGUAAAUAAUAGUCUUUAGAAAGUCUGGGAAGCAGGACCACUUGCCAGAAGUUCCUGUUUGAUAAAAAGACUGUGUUAGCCAGCGUGGUGGCACACACCUUAAUCCCUGCGCACUGGCCAGGGGGAUCUCGGAGUUUGAAAUCAGCCUGGGCGAUAUCACAAGCUCCAGACCAAGAAAAAAAGUUCUGACUUAUUUUGAUACAUGGCUUCUUAAAUAUAUAUUUUAAUAGGUUGAAUGGAUUAAUACUUCAACAACCCAUUCCUCAACUUACAUAUUUAUUUAUUUCACUGAAGUUGUUAUAUAGAUAUAUUUAUCACAUUUGACUUCUUGGUAUGUAGACAAUUCUAUACAGAAAAUAAUUUUUUUGGGAACUAGAGAGAGAGGCUCAACUGUUAAGAGCACUUCCUGUCCUGUCAGAACCAGGACUGAUGCCCAGAACCCACACUGACAGCUUGCCAAUUCCUGAAACUCCAGCUCCAAGGGAUCUGAUGCCCCUGCCUGGCCUUGGUGGGCACAUACACACCUAAGUCAAACAACAUAAAUUACACACACACACAUACACACACACACACCAGGCAUGGGUCAUACAUUUGAGUUUCUGGUCAGCCUGGGCAAUAUAAGACCCUUUCUCUAAAAAAAUAAAAAAGUCUUUAAUCCCAGCACCCGGGAGGCAGAGGCAGGCAGAUGGAUCUCUGUGAGUUCGAGGCCAGCCUGGGCUACAGAGUGAGUUUCAAGACAGGCUCCAAAGCUACACAGAGAAACCCUGUGAUGAAAAACCAGAGAAUAAAAUAAAAUUAAAAUUAAAAAAUUCUACCCAUCUGUAGUCAGGCCUGAGUUAUAAGGAAGACAUAAGGUAUUUUUAAAUGUGGCCUUUAAAUGGUCACAACUAAAAGAGGACUGUCGAGAGAUUGUGUGCCUUUGAGAGUGGGAAGGGGCUGUAGGACAUGAGCCAGAGACUUGGGUGUGGCUCACACUAGCUCUGCCUGAGCCGUUUUCUUCCUCCGCUGUCUCCCUGUAGUGACGGUACCUGCCCUCACCUACCUCACCUAAGUUUUCUUGAGAAUCAGUCUGUUUGUGAGUAAUGUUUGACUUCCACGAAGGAAAAGCUGUUCAGAAGUUCAGAGUGUAGAGAAGGUUCUGAAGGUUCUUUCCGGUCGGUCUCUGUGCAAGGGUCUUCAUUAUGAAUGGCAGAUCGUUUUAUGAAACUAUGAGAAGCAUGACGGCAUCGCAUGUGGUGUUCCAGUGUGUCUCGUUUCCUCCCUUCCAGACGUCCAGUGCGGGGGCACAUUUUUUCUUUGUCACAACCCCUAGCAAAAACGUAAGUGUUUAAAAACCGAAUCCCUUUCGGUGGUGCUAAAGUGGUUACAGUUGCAUUUUUAGUUCCCGAUGAAGCUGUCCGUCGGGCCCUUGGGUUUUAACCUGACCUGUCUCCAGGCGCCUGGGCUCCGCAUCCACCUCCGCUGCUGUUCCGUGGGGCUUACCCUGUGCUCUCGGCCGAUGUUCGGCACCCUUCCCUUGGAGAAGUGGGUAGGGCUCUCAGAAGGAAAGUGUGCCGAUUUCACUUGUCACUUUACAGAACUGAACUUUGCUUUACUUUAAAAAUUCCAGUCGUCAUUUAGCUGUAAAAGUUAAAACAUAAGCCAGACACGGUGGUACACUCUGGUCCCACUGUGCAGGAGGCUGCGGCAGGCAGAUCACAAGUUUGAGGUAAGUCAAGGUUACUUAGUGAGUCCCUUUCCCAGAAGUCAGAGAGAGACUGGCUGUAGUGAUACUGUAUGUAUGACCCGGGUACCUGUGAGUGCUGACAGGGCCUUACAUUUCAACAGGAAACCCAUUUCCUUGUGAGAUGGGGGCUCCUGUUUCUAGGAGACCACAAAGGGCUCAUCGCCACAGGUAUAAACACUCCUUUUUGCAACAGACGAAUUGGUUGCUUUUGUUUUUGUUUUUAAAGAAAAGUGGACGUCUGUUAAAUAUACAGGGUAUGGAUGAACUCAAUGUUUUUCUUAUCUCUACUGUUACUGACCUCCCCGUUCUUGCAAGCAUUUGGGCCUUUCCAACUUCUCGAUAAGAAAGCUGGUACCUGUGGUUAGUUUAAUAGAACAAUUAGAACUACAAGGUGAGACAUUGGGGAGCUUUAUACUUAAAAAUAAAAAAGCUGGGUGUGGUGAGUCACUCCUGUACUCCCAGCACUUGGAAGGCCGAGGCAGAAAGAUCAUCCCAGAUUCCAGGCCAGCCAGGGCUAUGUAGCAAGACCUUGUCUCAAAACAAAGGAAUAAAAAUGCCUAUAGGGUGCAGUGCGGUGGCUGACACUGAUGCAUCAGAGCACUGUUAAGCGGGUCUCACUCUAACGUGUGACUUUGAUGGCUCUCUUAGUUGUGGACCCAUAAAAGUAUUGCUGUAUCUUGUAAGUAGAUAUCAUUUGUGUAAUCUAAUAUGUGGGUGCGUUUGUAGGCUGUGGAAAGCAGUGGUGUGUGUGUGUGUGUGUGUGUGUGUGUGUGUGUGUGUAUUAUAAAAACCUCACAACACUCUGGAUUAAGUGUACAUAGACAAAUUAACGUGUUGUCUCUUUUAUGUUGGGAAGACUAAGAUGGCAGCAUGGCCAUUCCAUUGCAACCCUCCCCUCUCUCUGGAUUCCCUUAGCAGUCAGUUACUAACUGCUCCUGCUUUAGACAAUUGCUGCUGCUUUUAAACCAACGUUCUUCCUCAAGGGACCUUUCUGGGGAGUAAAAUGUACAUUAUAAGACAUGUGGGCAGGGUGGAGCCACCUGCAAAAUGUCCUCCAUGUGGAUAGCCUUUUAAAUUGGACCUUUGAAUCACCUAGACCAUGCGUGCCUAUUUGUAUUGCAGAUGUGAACUUCUGUUUCGGGGUCAAUAACAGAAUGUUUUGAAACGGGAAUGUUACAUAAAUUCAGAGUAAUCUCUCUCACCCUCUUCUCAUACUCCCUGCUCUUGCCAAAUAUUUCUACUGAUACCAGAGCCAAGCCCAGGAUGGGGCUCUGACCUUCCUUGUCAUCCCUCCCCAAAGUAGCUGCCGUAUGCCUGAGCUCACCUCAUAUUCUUCCUUUGGUUUUCAUAAGAGUUUAGUGUAGUAUUUAAAGACCACAGCACUUCAUAAUGUUUGUCUACCUGCCGCCUUUUUACACGUCUGGCCACACACUCACAUCAGUUGAGACAGUGGGGUGGGUCUGAGCUGUAAGUCUCUAUGGGACCAGAAAAGAUACAGACUGAUUAACUUGGCUGCCAUAUUGUGCAAAGGGGUUGGAACUCUGUCGGGAGUGAUGUGUGUGUGUGAUCACUGUCCUUAGAUUCACCAAAUGCUGGACUCUAUCACUGUGUAUGGGGGAUCAGCUCUGAUUUAUUUAUCAUGUUAACUCCUUAAAGAUGAUGGGUGACUAUGAUAAGCAGAAAGCAAAUAAAGUUUUUAAUCAAAAGUGCUUGUCUUUGCUAUUUCUAAUUUGGUAUUAAAUUUUCUACUUUGAACUAAACCAUCUUACCCUAAAAAAAUUAUUUCCAAAAUGUAUUUCCCCUCAUGUGUGACUUGGGGCUGGAAGAAGCUAGUUGUAAACAGUUUGGUCAUAUGUAACACUUAUGUGAAAGAAGUGCUCAUGAUGCUUCCUGACCCAAACUGUCACCCCAAUGUCCUGGGACCGAACCCCUCGUUUCUCUGCCAUUCUGUUCUAUUUUGUGUCUGUUUUUACUCCUUGGUUUAAAAAGUUAAUGGUUUUAUUGUUGCUUAUCCUCAGUUUAAAGUGUAACUUCCACUGAUACCUGCAAUUAAAAAAAUAACUUUAAGAAAACUGUU